AUGACCACUCGGGGCAGCAGGGCGGUGGCCAGCGGCCUCGCCCUCACGAUGAUAGCUGUCAACGCGGGCGUCAGCUCCACCGGCGGCUUCGCCUUGCUUCUCAGCUUCGCCGGGAUGCUCGCCGGCGCCAGCUUCAUCUUCGUCGGCGUUCGGAUGGACGAAGACCCGACGGCGCCCAUAGCUCGCCCCGGGGUGCUCGCCGCUGGUGUACGUGUGCAGGUGCUCAGUGACUACUCUGCAACACCGCCGAUGGCUGCUCCGGGCAGCGGGUUGACGGCCACCGGCCUCGCCGUCACAGUGAUCGCUGUCAGCGUGGGCGUCAGCUCCACCGGCGGCUUCGCCUUGCUUCUCAGCUUCGCCGGGGUGCUUGCCGGCGCCAGCCUCAUCUUCGUCGGGGUCCGGGUCGCCGACGACGACCCGACGGCGCCCAUAGGCCGCCCCGGGGUUCAACCUUAG